AAACUGGAGAAGCCCCGCCGCUGCCUGCGCGCGGUCCGGGAAGCGGCGGGCUGGGGCCGUUGGAAGCGCCGCCGGGUCUAGGCAGAAAGCGCUCGAGGGGCUCCCCGGCCGUGGCUUCCUCCGGGGGACUCCGGAGAAGCAAAGCCGGGCGGAGGGAGCGCCGCGUUGUGCUGUCCCGGCGUGGGCAAGUGUAGGAAGUUCGAUAAGCCGAGGCUCUCACAGCCUUUGCAGAAAAAUGUCCCGGUGAUGAACGGCAGCUGUUAUUAUGGAGUCAGUGAUGAAACUCCAAAGAGUGCAGCUGAAAUGCAAGAACCUUCAUGAAUUCCUGCGGGGCCUCAGCCCUGGGAUUUUGGAUCGGCUGUAUAAUCAUCCUGCCACUUGCCUUGCUGUCUUUCGGGAGCUGCCUGGGUUAGCAAAGAAUUAUGUCAUGCGGAUGCUUUUUCUGGAACAACCUCUUCGUCAGGCAGCUGUGCCCCUGUGGGUGAAGAAAGAAUAUGUCAAGGAGCAAGAGGAGAGCUCGGAUAUUUUGCUGGGACUGCGCCUUUGGCACACGCAGCUGCUUCCGGGGGGCCUCGAAGGGAUCGUCUUGAACCCCAUCUUUAAGGAAAACUUGCGUGUGGCUCUCCUGGGAGGAGGUAAGGCCUGGUCUGAUGAUACUAGUCAACUGGGCCCAGAUAAGCAUGCCCGAGAUGUCCCAUCUUUGGACAAGUAUGCAGAGGAAAGGUGGGAGGUCAUCCUGCAUUUCAUGGUAGGCUCUCCAAGUGCAGCGGUGAGUCAGGACCUAGCUCAGCUGCUGAUUGAAGCUGGCCUGAUGAAGAGUAGUGAGCCUGGGGAACCUCCCUGCAUUACAUCCUCUGGCUUCCAGUUCCUGUUGCUGGAUACUUCAUCACAGCUGUGGUACUUCAUGCUCCAGUAUCUCCAGUCAGCAGAGACCAGGGGCAUGGACCUGGUAGAGAUUCUGUCCUUCCUCUUUCAGCUCAGCUUCUCCACACUUGGCAAGGAUUAUUCUGUGGAAGGAAUGAGUGAGUCUCUUCUGAAUUUCCUUCAGCAUCUCCGGGAAUUUGGCCUGGUGUUUCAAAGGAAGAGAAAAUCCAGGCGUUACUAUCCCACCCGCCUAGCUAUUAAUCUUUCCUCCGGCAUCUCGGGUACCACCGUGGACACCCAUAACCAAGGCUUCAUUGUGGUGGAGACUAACUACAGGAUAUAUGCGUACACAGAUUCAGAACUUCAGAUUGCACUGAUUGCCCUCUUCUCUGAGAUGCUGUACCGCUUCCCCAACUUGGUGGUGGCACAAGUCACCCGGGAGAGCACGCAGCAGGCCAUUGCCAACGGCAUCACGGCUGAUCAGAUCAUUCACUUCCUACGGACAAGAGCCCACGCCGUGAUGCUGAAACAGACCCCUGUGUUGCCCCCCACAAUCACAGAUCAGAUCCGGCUGUGGGAGCUGGAACGGGACAGGCUGCGCUUCUCUGAGGGCGUCCUAUACAACCAGUUCUUAUCCCAGGUGGACUUUGAGCUGCUUCGUGACCACGCCAGGGAACUCGGGGUGCUCAUUUUUGAGAACCCAACCAAACGUCUCAUGGUGGUGACCCCCGCUGGCCACUCGGACGUCAAACGCUUCUGGAAGCGGCAGAAGCACAGUUCCUGAAGACAGUGACUGCACGCCAGGUUCUUCUGAUCACCCGUGUUGGGAAGUGGGCAGAACAGAAAGGAAUAUCCCUCCUCCCAUUACUUUGAAUGGAUACAAGAGACACGGAGGGAAGGAAAACGGGGAUGGUCACCUCAUUAUUCCUUUGGAAUAAGAGAUUUGGAACUUGUUAAAAAGGAACGAAAAGGGUCAUUGGUUCGGCUUAAGCGUCACCUUCCAUCACGUUUCUCUGGCAGGAACGACACCAUAACUGGGAUAACGUUGGCACGAAAUAGGCUAGAGGUUCAACAAAACGCUUUGGGAAAGGAGAAUUAGCAGGGGCAAAGCAAUCUCUCUAACGCUAAAGGGUCCAGAGAGUGGUUGGUGCAACGUUGCUAAAGCUAAGGGGACGUGUAGUUGGCUCCCUGCGUGGUUGAAUACUGGACCCUCAAGGUACAAGGGCGUUCUAGCAUCAGACUUUCGACAACCUGGUGCCAUCCCACUAUUUAGACUCUUGCUCCCACCAUCCUGAGGCCUGUCUGGGGAAGGAUAGAAAGUGGAGCCCAGUACAUCUAGAGUGCAACAAGCUGGAAAAGGUGGUCACAAAAUGUGUUGAGCAGUGACUGUUUUUAUUCUUUGAAUGCUUUUGCCCUUGGCUCAAGGGAUGCAGUAAGAAGAGACAGAAGGUCUUCCACAGUAUUUUAAUAGCAACUGCUAAUUAGUAACGAAGCGCGGCUUACAUUGAGGCUGCCUUGUUCUAAUAAGACAUACUGUAUGUUUUUAUACAUGUAAUUCAAGGUGUUUUUCUAUCCACGUGUGAAUGAGGACAGAUCUCAGUGCAGAAGUUGGGUUCCCACAUUGCAAUAAGCCAUAUUGUGAUUAGUUUGGCCCUAACUUGGCAGGAUCUGUUAAGCCUGCCAAACCAUCCUACCUAGAUCUACUGAUGUGCCCAAUCUGAUACCAAAUUAAUAUCAUAGUCCAUCA